CGGGACUACCCAUUGCGCAGAUCACGCCGUUGUCGCUGUCCUGCAUCAUUGUGGUCGUCUUCACCAUGUCGUCACGCGGCGGUAAUCGUGGCAAGAAGAGGGACAACUGUGAAGGGGACACACCUGUGGCCGUCAAGAAAGGACGACAUGUGGUGAGGAACAAGAAGGCUCUUGCAGAGGGCCCUUCGAGGGGGAGUGCCGCUAGGGAUGAAGAAUGGGUUAGGGAUCUCGAUGCCGCCGACAACGACGAAGACUUCAUGACCGACUCCGAAGUUGGAGUCGUCACAGAAGCGGCAGUCCGUGCACAAGGGGCGCUGCGGAUUGAUAACACGCGACCAUGUGCACCGCCUCCCCAACCCCGCGUUGGGGAGGGAGUUGGCAAGCCUGAUGUCAUCAUCGACGUGGACACUUCUCAAGCGGUGAGGGGUGUCCAAGCUAAGGCAGCUCCAAAGACGACACGUGUUGGGGUGACCGUUACAAGGACACGUGUGAUUGGGCUGCCUGACGCGCAAGAUUGUGCGCAGGUGCAAUCACCCCCAGCCACACCACGUGCCCACACAGUUCCGGAGGCGGGAGGGGCCGCGAGGCGUCCAUGGUGCAAAGCCGCAAGACGUGGUGAAACGAGAGGGCGGUGCAGUGGUGGGAUCUUCUACAGCGGCAGCUGUCGAAGGGACCAAGGAUAGCAUUGGGGAUGGCAAUGGCGACGAGCUAUUGGUGAUCAGGCAGCAUUGGGGGAAUGCACGAGAUGG